AUGUCAGACGGCGGAAAAUGUGGAAAAUCCCUGAGGGCGGAACAUUCCCUGAGCUAUGCCCUCUAUCUCCACCUCAGGGAGCUAUGCCGCCCCAAGAGGCGUCUGAUGCGCAUCGCCAGCACCAAGCUGCAGCUGACGAACGAGCUCAUCCAGCUCCAGCAGCGUCGCCAGUGGGAGACGGCCUUUGACCUGGAGUACGACACGGAGGCCAGUUGCCAGCUGAACAGGGUCCUGGAUCGGGAGAGGUUAUAUCGCGACAGGUUGCGCAGCAAUAUGCAAAAGCAACUCGCCAGGCAGCAGAAGAACAAGCGAAAGUAUCUUCAGGAUAUGGGAAAAAUGUAG